GAGAGAGCGCGCGCGCGCCCGUGUGAGGAGAAAGCGCGCGCGCUGCUUCAGCAAGUGUCACACCAAAACAGCGACAAGAAGUUGAGAACACGCCAACAGCGCUGCAAGAUGGAGGAGCAUUCUGUUGUAAAAAAGCGUUCUGUGGCUGAACUAGCUGGAAAAUUCAGUUGUCCAAUAUCCCACAUGACAGAGGCUGAAGUGAACAAGCCUGUCAGGAGAAGACCCCCUCGUUCUCUGCCGCUGCCUUCCGGUAACGAUGCAGGUCAAGGCCAGGAUGAGAAAGGAGCUGAAACUGCAUCAACCAGGAAGAACAGAAACUCUGCCCUCAUUGAGAAACUGCAGGCCAGCCUUACACUUUCUCCCACGGGACCUCCGCCCUUCCCAAAGAGCCCAGGGGCGGUGAAGUUACCGGUGCCCGGCUCUCCCAGCAGCCCCUCUAGUCCUCCUGCAGCUGUCACACCCAAACAAGAGGAAAGUCCUGCCAGCUUCGAGAGCCCCGCCGAGGGAACUGUCCUCAAAAGCAUCAACAAGGGUAGAGCUCGACAUUCCAUCAAACGCCGCCCGCCGUCACGACGACACAGGAAGUCCAGUACGGAUGAAGAGGUGGAUAAAACAGCCCUCCUCGAUCAAACGACUCCAAACGGGCACGAAGGAGACGUGUUUGAAGAGCACAAGACGUCGGCAGACCCAGAAUCCUUUAAAGAACAGAUUGAGCAGGAAAUGAAAUCCACAGAUUCUGAGAAGCCAGAACCGGAGGGAAAAGUGGAGACUACGAGAAAACGAGAACCAGAAGAGAAAACAGAGCCAGAAGACAAACAAGAGAAAAUAGAACCAGAAGACAAACAAGAGAAAAUAAACCCAGAAGACAAACAAGAGAAAAGUGAAGAUGAACCACAGCUGGCUAACCGUACAGAAGAAACGGGUGAAGAGCCAGAAACACAACCACAAACAGAACCUGACACAACAGAUGAGAAAGAAGAGGAACAGAAAAAGGAUGAAGUAAACCAGUAGAGCCAAGAUUGCAAAGCCUCUAAAUAAAGAAAGGGACAGAUCUGCCUCAGACCGGAGAACUCUUCAGUGCUUACCCAAAGCAAAGACAUCAGGAAAAGAUGAAUAAUGUGAAUAACUUGGUUUUGGACUUCAAACAUUUGAGCGGUUUGAAUGAGCAAGUGAAACCCGGCAGGUGCAGAGAACAACAGUAUUUUCUCUUCUGUACAGUUGUAUUAAUAUUUCGGUCUAUUCUGAGCCUCUUGUGUGAAUUGACAAAUUAGUUUGGUUAGUGCUUUUGUAUAUAGUCUUCACUAAAGGACAUUUUUUUUAUUCUGUUUUUGUUUAUAGUUGUAUUCCUAUCAAAAAAAAAAUAAAAAAAUGGGAAUAUGAAAAAAAAA